UUGCAGCGGAUUCUUUCUGGCAUUACUAGUGGAAUCGCUCCUGUCGCUGAUGCAUGGCAGAAUGAAGAGUUAGCUGGAAGUGUUGAUCCGAACACUGUUCUUUUAGAAGAUGGUCAGCUUGGUAAUUAUGAACCUAAAGAGCCAGAAGUGCCUUCUAACCAGCCAGGUGAAGGCGGUUUACCAGUUGUGGUGUCUGAUGAUGCUGGUAUGAGAGAAUCGAAACGGGCUGAUCAGGAGUACGGUUUCAACACCUAUGUCAGUGACAUGAUAUCACUGAACCGCACUAUUCCCGACAUAAGAAUGGAAGAAUGUAAACACUGGAAUUACCCAGAAAGCCUUCCAUCAGUGUCGGUAAUCAUUGUAUUCCACAACGAAGGAUGGACACCGCUACUGAGAACGGUGCAUUCUGUGCUUCUUCGAUCGCCUCCGAACCUCUUAAAAGAGAUUGUGAUGGUCGACGAUUACUCUGACAAAGAACAUCUGGAAGAUAAAUUGGAGAAGUACAUUAAGCGAUUCAACGGCAAGGUAAGACUGGUUCGUACAGAUGAUCGUGAGGGACUUAUUCGAGCUCGAACCAUUGGUGCUAAGCAUGCUACUGCAGAUACUAUCAUAUUUCUUGAUGCUCACUGCGAAGUUAACGUGAACUGGUUGCCUCCCCUUCUUGCCCCAAUUAAACAUAAUAGACGGGUUAUGACAGUACCGGUCAUUGAUGGCAUAGAUGCUAAUACCUGGGAAUAUCGAAGUGUUUAUGGUGAAGUGGAUCGACAUUUUAGGUAUUGCCUUCCUAUAUUUUUUUGUUUGAUUGGUACAGAUAUGUGUUUCAGUUCCCCAACUCAUGCAGGAGGCCUUUUCGCCAUUGACAGGUUGUGGUUCCAUGAACUAGGUUAUUAUGAUGAAGGACUCCAAAUUUGGGGAGGAGAACAAUACGAACUUAGCUUUAAGAUCUGGCAGUGUGGCGGUGGUAUACUGUUUGUACCUUGCUCUCAUGUUGGUCAUGUUUAUAGAUCGCAUAUGCCUUAUACCUUUGGUAAACUUUCUGGAAAACCGAUCAUUUCGACAAAUAUGUUAAGAGUUGUUAGGACGUGGAUGGACGAAUACGAGCAAUAUUACUUCAUUCGUGAGCCUCAAGCUCUGCACGUAGAUCCGGGAGAUUUAAGUGUCCAAUUUGCUCUCAAAAAGCGUUUGCAUUGUAAAUCAUUCAAAUGGUAUAUGGAGAAUGUAGCGUAUGAUGUGUUAUCCCAUUAUCCAUUCCCACCAAAAAAUAAAGUGUGGGGUGAAGCGCGCAAUCAUCAUACAGGGAAAUGCCUCGAUCGGAUGGGUGGAAUUCCAGGUCCAUUAGGUGCAAAUGCUUGUCACGGGUUCGGUGGAAACCAGCUUCUUCGGCUGAAUGUAGAGGGCCAACUAACACAGGGAGAAUGGUGUUUGACCCCUAAAGGGAUCCAUGUUCAAGCUAAUCAUUGUGUCAAAGGCACUGUAAAUGGCCCAUGGGAUACCGGUCUCAUAGUACACAGACAUACACGCCAAUGCCUCACCGUAGAUAAACCGAACCCGGGCGAUCUCACCCUAACCCGUUGUGAUGCGGAAAACCCGUUACAGAAGUUUGAAUGGAAAGAAUUCUACCAAUAA